AAGUUAUCCGCGCUUAUAGUUCACACUGUACGAAACUAGACGAGAUAAACUGGAGAGAAGACGCUUCUCGCUUCAUGCUUCACCGACUCCGUUUUCAUUCAAUCAAAUUUCGCUUCCAAGAGUUCAAUUUCAAUUCAACAAAACAAUUUUGGACGCUUUUUCAAUUUUGAUGUCUUACCUAAUUAUAUAGAAAAAGGAAAAUAAUUUGAUUCAGAUGGAAUCGUCCGUGAUAACCCCAGAGGAUGUUCUGGAAUCGCUGAUGAACGACGGAACAAUCGACGCCAUCAGAUUGAAAAUCAUCACUCAGUUAAAAGCCAAUGAAGAGCUUAAAAAUAACACAAUAAAAAUGGUGGAGCAGAGUAAGGUUCUUAAUACUCCUGGUGCAGAAAAACAGACAAAGCGGGAGCUGUUUGAUGCACUUCGGCAGGAGCUUGAAACUCCUGUGCUUGAAAAGGCUUCUAAAUCAGUGUGGGAGUUAAUAUUGGAUCAGCAUGGUUUGGGGAAGGAGAUCAGUGAAAUUGUUGAGAAAGUCUUUUGUCAACUAAGUGGCCGUGAACCUCCAUUGUUUCCUCCAUCAAGCAGUGAAGCGCAGCCUGAAAAAGAGAGAGAGGAUACACCAACCUCUUCGUCCAAAAAAAGAAAUUUUAGUGAGAUGAGCAAGGAAUAUGUAGAUGAAGUCACACAAGUGUCAGCUGACGAACCAGUUGCACCACAGAAUAUUAAUACGCUUCCAUCACCCAAUUAAAAUGACUGUACCAUACUCUAUUGAUGAGCUUUUGGUAAUUUGUACUGGAAGAAGAAGCACAUUGAUGUGAAUCUUUCUGGAAAGGUAUCUCGCAUGUUAUUGGUAAUUUUCUCCUUUUUCAUGCUGGUUGUAUACAUGCUAGACAGGAUGCUUUUGCUGUCUUUAGUAUUAGUUUUUCUGGUUUCUCGAUAUUUAUGAAUUGUUGCAGAUGCCACUAACAUUUUAGAACACAAUUUGUCUGUAGAAUUAUGCAAAUGUAAUGUAGACCAUUGAAUUUCUAGUUAAUAGAGAGUUGGAAAACGUUACAAAUACAGAGUUUCAUGUUUUGUGCUCUGUUUCA